AUGGCGACCACGACCUGAAGCACUGCCAGUACGUGACGGAGAAGGUGCUGGCAGCCGUCUACAAGGCGCUGAGCGACCACCACGUCUACCUGGAGGGGACGCUGCUGAAGCCCAACAUGGUGACACCAGGCCACGCCUGCACCAAGAAGUACAGCCCCGAGGAGAUCGCCAUGGCCACCGUCACCGCCCUGCGCCGCACCGUGCCCCCCGCCGUCCCCGGCAUCACCUUCCUGUCCGGAGGCCAGAGCGAGGAGGAGGCGUCCCUCAACCUCAACGCCAUCAACCGCUGUCCCCUGGCGCGGCCCUGGGCCUUGACCUUCUCCUACGGGCGGGCGCUGCAGGCCUCGGCGCUGCGGGCCUGGGCCGGCAAGAAGGACAACACCAAGGCGGCCCAGGAGGAGUACGUCAAGAGGGCCCUG